ACUGAACGACCGUCAACUCCAAGUGGCAUCCUAAAGCGCUGCCAAUCAGCAUCUUCUAGAACAACCAGUCCUCGAGCGAGUCCUUGUUCUGCCUGCGGGUCAGGCAGAGCUAGUUCUCGUGACUCUUCCAGCUCCAGCAUUGUGCACUUCGAGAUGGCUUCUGGCAAAAAUGCAUCAAAAUUGCAGCUACAUGAUAAUGACGAAGAGCCAGGGAGGACUGUCUAUCGGGCAGGAAUCGCAGCUGCCCUACACCUUUUAUCGGAAAAAGAAAUGAAUACAGAUUUCCAUGCUUCAGGUGACCUGGGCGCUGAAUCUGCUCGAUUUCAACAGCUGCAUUCCAGAUUGAUCAAACAGAUUAUUAGAUCUGGAAAUCGACGGUACUUGGAUGAGUGGUGCUUUGAAAGGCAUCUCGACGAGUUGGAACUUCUUAAGGCUAGUAAAAAUUAUCCGCCAAGCUAA